AUGCAGCUGUUAAUUAACUUGCGUUUAAUACUUGUUAGUGGUAAAACAAAGGAAUUCCUUUUUAGUCCGAGCGAUGCUGCUGCUGAGAUAGCCCAAUAUGUUUUUGACAAUUGGCCUCCAGAAUGGGGUGAUGAAGCUGUGUCAAAAGCAGAAAUUUUACGCUUAAUAUAUCAGGGAAGGUUUCUUCAUGGAAAUGUGACUCUUGGAGCCCUCCAGCUCCCAUUAGGGAGGACUACAGUCAUGCAUCUUGUGCCACGGGAAAACUUGCCAGAACCCAAUUCACAAGACCAACGACAGAAGAGCAAGGAAAGAGCCAGUGGAUGCUGCAAUGCUAGUUGCUCAAUAUUAUAAGCUGCCAAAGUAUCGUGGCAACAGGUUUUGAGAAGUUAACGACUCCUCCAUUCCAUAUAUCCCAGGUGCAGCUGGAAGGAAGUAUGCCCUAUAUAGAUUAAAGUAUGUUUAACAGUUACUUUGUGCCAACGAAGUGCUGUGAAUUCAGUAAAGACUGCUUCAGAUAUUCUCAUAAAUGAGUGUUUUCUGUUAUAGUCUGUAGCCAUUGAUGUAUAUGAGUUCUCUCUCUCAUAUGGACUUUCAGAUUGCUACAUAUCAUAGUAGACUAUCUUUAGUAGACCAGUACAAACAGAAAAAUAUCCUUCUAGCUUAUUAAAAAAAAAAAAAUAUUGCAAGCAUUUAUUGUUAUCUGCCAAUAGAAAAAUGUAUAUUAUAAAUUUGAGCAUAUUUUGUCAGAACUGGGGAUUUAAAUCUACAGCUACUGUUUCUAAAAUAGAAUGAAUAAAAAUUAAGUCUAGAUUUCAAAGAACUCAAUAGGAAGUGGGAGAACUGUUUUCCAGGCUCUAGCUGCUCCUGGCACUAAUGGUGCCUGCUGCCAUUUAGUCUCUUGUCCAUAGCUGUCAUAAACAUUUUGACAAAAAAAAAUGUCCAUUCUGGCCAACACUACUCUGGAUAUUUUUUCCUAGCACCAACCACCAUUUGCUUCUCGUGAGUUUUGCACAGACUGGUUGUCAUCACAAAGUAUCAAAGUCGGGAUGUGACUAUGUAAUUAAUUAUGUAACACAAGCAUUCCAGUCAGUCUCUUUUUUUUCUUUGGUCAACUUUUGCUUGUAUUAUAUAUAAAUUAUCAAUUUUUUCCCUCCAAACAAAAUAAGAGAUAAAAAGAGAACAAAAUGGCAGUGUGCUAAUCGACAAUUUAAAAAAAAGAAAAUUGAACUGUAUUUUGUAAAUUUUUGAAAGGAACUCCCAAAUAUAGGAAUGUGCUUCAGUCUAGGAUAUUUCAGAAAAUACCAAUGAGUAAAGAUAGAAAUGAAAUGUGUUCAUACAUGCGUGCAUAGAAAUUAUUGCUGUCCCAAUAUUGGCCUAUGACACCAAUAUGAACAUACACGAGCCAAUAUAGAUUCCAUUUUAUGUAAAUAGAGGAAAAAAAAAUUUAGAAGUGUGCAUUUGUCUUUGCAAUAAUAAGAAUUGGUCAUGAAAUGAGUCAGUUUUGGGCACUGCUGGCUGACAUCUCAUAGACUAUAUUAUCAUAGGUUGUAGUUUUGAUUUACGCAGUGGUAUCGUGAUUCAAAAAAUGCUUUCAGAAAGCUGAAUGUUUAUCGAGCACACAUUUCCCUCGAACAGUUUUAUUUUUGCCACUAAAUAUUUAUAUUUUGAUGAAAUCCGAACUCGAUAUUAAUUUUAGAAGCGAAGAGAACCGAAAGUGCAUUCCAUAAAACCGUUAAAGCGUUUAUUGCAUUUUUAUAUGCUAACGGCUCGAACUGUUCAGUUUUUCCAACACGAGGGAAAUGUGUGAUUUAGUCACUGUUACGAAAUUUUAAUAAAUUGUAAAUUUUAUGGUAUUUGUAUUAAUUUUCUUCUUCUCAGAAUUGAAAAAAAAAAAUUAAAAUGUUAUAGUGUCCAUCUUAAAAGAAAAAAAUCUCUAGUGAAUAUUUUUUUAAUUGUUGUUGAUUAUAUACUUAUUGUAUAUUAUGAUUUAUCAUAGUGUGGGUCAUACAAAUUGGUAUUCAUUUAGAAUUCUAAAAGCAUGCCAAAAAAAAAA